AUUUGCAUUACUAAUCUGUAUUUGGUGAUGUGCGGUAGACACAGUAUAGAAAGUGGUUUAUUUUCUCAGUUUUUUUUACUUGUGCAUUCCAUAACGUCAUUUGGGAUUCUUUGAUUAUAUCUACUACAGAUAAACUGAUUCUUACUGCAGUGUCGCUACUUGCUUUCUGUUCGUUCCUGGGGAACUAAGCUCAGUCAUAUUUGUGCACGAGCAUUCCAGAAACAGAAUUUAGUUAUAAAAGGACAAAUAUUGUACUUUUAUUGUAAAAAUGGCGUUACAUGUGCCCAAGGCCCCAGGUGUGUCGCAGAUGUUAAAAGAAGGCGCAAGGUAUUUUUCAGGUUUAGAUGAAGCUGUUUACAGGAAUAUCAGUGCUUGCAAACAGUUUGCAGAAACUGUCCGUACUGCAUAUGGUCCAAAUGGUAUGAACAAAAUGAUUAUUAAUGAGCAAGAAAAGUUGUUUGUUACCAGUGAUGCAGCAACAAUAAUCAGGGAACUAGACGUUGAGCAUCCUGCUGCUAAACUGAUGAUCUUAGCAUCACAAAUGCAAGAGCAAGAAAUAGGUGAUGGAACUAAUUUUGUUAUAAUAUUUUCUGGAGCUCUUCUGGAAGGUGGAGAAGAUCUUCUGAGGAUGGGUCUGACAUCAUCAGAAAUAGUUGAUGGCUAUGAACUUGCUCUAGAAAAAGCUUUGGAAAUUUUGCCAACUCUCACAUGUUAUGAAAUUAAGGACUACAGAAAUGAAGCUGAAGUUGAGAAGGGCAUUAAAACUUCAAUUAUGAGCAAACAGUAUGGCAAUGAAGACUUCCUGGCAAAGUUGAUUGCAAAGGCUUGUGUAUCCAUCUUGCCAGAGAAGACAACAUUUAAUGUGGAUAAUGUCAGAGUGUGUAAGAUCGUGGGCUCUGGCAUGCAUAACUCAGAAGUAGUACAAGGAAUGGUUUUCAAACGUCUAGUAGAAGGGGACGUCACUAAGAAGUCUCAGGCAAAGAUAGCUGUAUACACAUGUGCUGUGGAUGCCAUGCAGACUGAGACGAAGGGCACAGUUCUGAUCAAGACUGCUGAUGAAUUAAUGAAUUUUAGUCGUGGAGAAGAAAACUUGCUAGAAGAACAAAUUAAAGCUCUUGCUGAGUCUGGAGUUGAUGUAAUUGUGGCAGGUGCCAAGUUUGGUGAUAUGGCAGUUCAUUACAUAAACAAGUACAAAAUGAUGGCAGUACGUCUACGUAGCAAAUUUGACGUGCGGAGGUUAUGCAAGGCUGUUGGUGCGACAGCAUUGCCUAGACUGACACCACCAACCCGUGAAGAAUUAGGUUAUGCUGAUGAUGUAUUUGUUAAUGAGCUUGGAGAUACUUCUGUGGUAAUAUUUCGCAUUGAUGGCAGGGAAUCACGCAUUGCUACUAUCGUAAUUCGUGGUUCUACAGAUAAUUAUAUGGACGAUAUAGAGAGAGCCAUAGAUGAUGGUGUCAAUACCUUCAAGAUCAUAACCAGGGAUGGGAGAUUUGUUCCUGGUGCUGGUGCUACUGAAAUUGAAUUGGCUCGACAAAUUACAAGCUAUGGUGAGAUGCAACCAGGUUUGGAGCAGUAUGCUGUGAAAAAGUUUGCUACAGCACUACAAACCUUUGCCAAGACUCUGGCUCAAAAUACAGGAGUGAAAGCAAAUGAAGUGAUCUCAAAACUGUUUGCUGCCCAUGAAGAGGGGAAAAAGAACUAUGGUUUUGACAUUGAUGGAGAAGGAGCUGCAAUUAAGGAUGUAGUUGAGGCUGGAAUUAUUGAUCUGUAUUUAACAAAAUUUUGGGGUAUGAAGUAUGCCUUAAAUGCUACUAAUACCAUUCUGAAGGUUGAUCAGAUCAUUAUGGCAAAACGUGCAGGUGGUCCCAAACCACCAUCAGGUGGUCCCAAACCACCAUCAGGUGGUGCUGGUGAUGAUGAUGAGUAAAAUUUGUCAUCUCUUCCCCUCCUUCAUUUAUCUUCUACUAGCACUAAUAUUUUAUAUUACGUAAAAUUGGUCUGUGUUAGAAAUAAAAAUGUGAACAAUUGUA